AUGGCUUCUUCAUCUUCAUCUUCAUCUACUCCUGCUUGGGUGCAUGAUGUUUUCUUGAGUUUUAGAGGAGAGACACGAAAAUCUUUUACUGAUCAUCUCUAUGAAGAUUUGUGUCAGGCUGGAAUUAACACUUUUCGGGACGAUGAAGAAAUUCGAAAAGGUGAGAACAUCACUGCUGAGCUAUUGAAGGCCAUUGAGGGGUCCAAGAUAUCAAUCAUCGUAUUUUCCAAAACUUAUGCCCAAUCCAGAUGGUGUCUUGAUGAACUGGUGAAGAUUCUAGACUGUAAGAAAAAUUUGCAACAGAUGGUUCUGCCUAUAUUCUACAACGUUGAUCCUUCAGAGGUUCGUAAACAAACAGGUGAAUUUAGCAAGGCAUUGGCUCAACAUCGACAACGAUUUGAUGAUCAAAAAGUUGAUGAGUGGAAAGUUGCACUCACUACUAUUGCUGAUUUGUCCGGAUGGGAUUUACAAACCAUGACAAACGGGUAUGAAUCAAAGUUCAUCAAAAAAAUUACUGAAGAUGUACUACGAAAAGUGAAUCUAACAUGCAUGAAUGUUGCAAAGUAUCCUAUUGGAAUCGAUUCUCGUGUUAGAGAUAUAUUUCAUUUAUUGCAAACUCAAAGAAAUGAUGACACCAAGAUGUUUGGAAUAUUUGGUAUGGGUGGUGUCGGAAAAACAACCCUUGCUAAAGCUAUUUACAAUUUGAGUUUUCAAAAGUUCGAAGGUUGCUGCUUUAUUGCAAACAUUAGAUCACAAAUUUCUGAAGGGCACAAUGGUUUAGUUCGUUUACAAGAGAAACUUCUUUGCAAAACACUCAACAGAAAGAAACUUGAAAUAGAUAAUGUUGAUGAAGGAAUACGUUUGAUUAAAGAAAGACUACGAUCAAAAAGUGUUCUUAUUGUUCUUGAUGACAUAGACAAUACUAGUCAACUAGAAUCAUUAGCAGGACAACGAAAUUGGUUUGGUUCAGGGAGCACAAUUAUAAUAACAACUAGAGAUGUCCAAUUGUUGAGUGACAUGAAAGCACACGAGAAAUAUAUGGUAGAAACGUUAAGCCCUGAUGAAUCCUUACAACUCUUGAGUUGGCAUGCUUUUGGUAUUCCUAUACCAUUAGAGGAGUAUAUUGAACAAUCCAAAAGGAUAGCAAGUUAUACUGGUGGACUUCCACUAGCACUUACAAUUAUAGGUUCUCAUUUGCGUGGCAAAUCAGUGCAAGAAUGGAGUGAUGAUGCUGAGAAAUUAAGAGGGAUACCUCAUGAUGAUGUUCAAAAAAUUCUUAAAAUAAGUUAUGAUUCACUUGAUGAUGAUACUCGGAAUAUCUUUCUUGAUAUUGCUUGUUUUUUUAUUGGGCAUAACAAAAAUGACACUUCUAUGAUAUUGGAAGCUUGUGGUUUUUAUGCUAAAAGUGGAAUAAGAAUUUUGAUUGAAAGAUGCUUGUUGACAAUAAAUGGAGGUGAAAAGUUUGAAAGACUUGAGAUGCAUGAUUUAGUACGAGAUAUGGGAAGAGAAAUUGUUCAAAAGGAAUUUCCACGAGAGCCGGGCAAACAAAGUAGAUUGAUUGACUCAAAGGAUGUCUUUGAUGUUCUUCACGGGAACAAGGGCACAAAAGCAAUUGAAGGGAUGAUUGUAAAUUCAAACAUGUUAAAGAAUGUGCCUUUGAAUACUCAAGUACACCCAUCAAUUGGAUGUUUGGAGAGACUUGUUGAGCUAAAUUUCUUUAGUUGCAAGAAACUCAAGGUUCUUCCAAGUAGCAUUUGCAAGUUAAAAUCACUUGAAGUUUUAGAUUUGGAUUAUUGCGAAAAACUUAAGGAACUUCCAAAUGACUUGGGAAAAUUAGAGCAACUAAGAGAUUUACUUGCUCGUGGAACUACCUUCUCACAUUUACCAUUUUCUUUAGGAUGUUUGAGAAAUCUAAAGACACUAGAGCUCGAGGUGUACAAGAGUUCUGUACUAUCAAAAUCAAAAUCGCUUCUUUUUUGUUCAAGAAGUAGUCGUGAUGGUGUUGGUUUUUUUCCACCUUCAGUUGCAAAUUUGUGCUCCUCGGAAGUUAUUGAAAAUUUGACCUCAUUGGAAGCUUUAGAUUUAUCAGGAAGAUGUUGUUAUCUUCAAAGCUUACCCUUCAGCCUUUGUUAUCUUUCAAACUUGAAAUUUCUCUACUUGGAGGAUUUGCGAAACCUUAGAGCACUUGUAGAACUUCCUCCUAGUUUGGUGGAACUCUCUGCAGAAAAUUGUGUCUCAUUGGAAAAAAUAGCAGUUGUAUCAAACUUGAAGAGACUUAGAAUCUUGCAUCUUGAAAACUGCAAAAGUUUGGUUGAGCUUCCAAACUCGGAGAGUCUUUCAUCUUUAGUAGAGCUUAACAUAAGCAAUUGCAAUGCUCUGACUAUUCCUGACAACUAUUUGCAUGAAGUAGAUGGUCUUCCAAUUGCUCCUAGGAGUUUGUCCUCAUUGAAAGAAUUAGAUUUAAUGGGAAGAUACUAUCUUCAAAGUUUACCAUUAAGCCUUUGCCUUCACUCCAAUUUGCGGAUUCUAUGCUUGAACGGUUGGCAGAAUCUUAGAUCACUUCCACAACUUAAUCCCAAUUUAGAGAUACUAUGUGCAAAGAAUUGCUUGGAAAGUCUUGAAUCCUUAAACUAUCUUGAGAUAGGUAAUUGCAGUAGUUUGAGGAUUCCUUCGAUUGAAAAGUGGUUCAAGGCACGUUCUAAAGGUGAUAUUGUCCAGAUUGUGGUUGGAGUGUCUGGGGGCCAGGAGUCUGUCAUAAACUGCAAAUUUCCAAUGUCUUUGGGGGAUGUAUGGUUUGAAAUCCCCUACAAUAAUGUUAUUGAUCCCUGCAGUAAAAUUGAAGGAAUUGAUUUGAGUGUGAGAAGCAAAAGCAGUGGUGCUUUGAUUCAUCUAAUGGAAUCCCCCACAAUCUUUUAUAAUCCUGCGUAUUUUGAGGUUCCAACGAUGAUGGGAGAAGUAUUGGAGGCAAUGGAUCGGAGUUGGUAUCACUACCAGAAAGAAAGCAAAGCCACUGGAGAUGAAUGCAGUGUGGAGAAGAAGAAGUAUGGAAGAUGA